ACGGCAGGAUUUUGAGACAUGUCGUCGAUAUGCAAAUCCUAUAUGUAUCGGUGUUUGUGCCAUCUCUGUGAAUCUAAUUGGGGUUUCGAUUGCUUUUGAAUUCGACAAUUAUAUGCUAGACGCAGUUAACGUUUUCGAGUGGACUAAUUUGUAAACAAUUAUGACUAAACUUGAGGGGUUUACUGUGGUAGCGCCACUUUCACGCUAUGAAACUAAUUAGUUGUCCACAUUUUUCUUAUGAAACAGUGUUAGACAUAUUAUUGUUUUUAAGCAGGAAAGUUAACCUUGAUAGACACUCUAUGCAUAUGUUUUGGCUACUAGGCAGAAAGGGUUAGGAGCCUUUUUCAGCUCUCAUACAUAAUUGUUGUAAAAAUACUAGUAUAAUUGAAAUGUGAAAUUGUAAAUAGCAAAAUGAAAGACCAAUGAAGAGUUCGAGGACUACAUUGGAGUAUUAGCUUAGUUGAUUCGAAAGCAUUACACAAAGCCUUGUUAUACAGGAAGACGCAGCUUUUAUUCUUAUUAUUCGAAGAAGGCAUCUUGCAUAGCUUGAUUGUGCAUAAACUCUAGCAUUUAAUAAAGGGAAGUUGAGGUAUUCAUAAUAUUUGGUCUUGUAUUCAUUAUGAUUCUAUGUACAUUGAGCUUUGUCAUCUUCGUUGAUUGGGGCCUCCGUAAAAAAAUACCCCCUAGAUCUCAAUUAGGAAUAAGGUGGGAUCUGCUGAUUGGAGCUGCGGUCUUUUGAGUGGUUUUGUAAAGAAAAAGAUUUGAUCCCAAAACAGUUUUACUUUAAUGGAGCUCUCUGCUGAAGAAGUUAUUUUCUAUGUGCAAUACAGACUAAUGCGUUCAAUCACUCGACAUUCAGUGUGACUUUAAGCUUGUGCUAUGUUUAGGGAUGUCAUUUAUAGUGCCUUUAUUGAAUAACGUGGAGCCCCACGUUUCAUCACUAAUAUAUUGCUUCUCUACAAUCACUUCAGAGGUCUUCAACUUCACGGCAUUCAGACAGUUAUCACAAAUGUUCACUGCUAUAUUCCUUUUCCAUGGUUCUGAAUAUCUCCUAGCACUCUUCUUUCACGGGAAAAACAGUGUAACUCUAGAGUCUCUUUUAAUCAGCAAAAACUAUGUUCUGGCCAUGGUUGGCUCCCUGGUGGAGUACUUAAUUGAAAUUUAUUUCUUCCCCGGGAUGAAAGAACACUGGCUUAUAAGCAACACAGGUCUUGCCUUGGUAGUUGUUGGUGAACUAAUGCGCAAGUUGGCUAUCAUAACUGCUGGAAGGUCCUUCACUCAUUCUAUACGGAGAUCUCGUGAGCAAGAUCAUGUAUUGAUCACUCAUGGAGUCUAUAAGUACAUCCGACAUCCAAGUUAUUGUGGCUUCCUUAUAUGGUCUGUUGGUACUCAAAUAAUGCUGUGUAAUCCAGUAUGUACACUUGGAUUUGCAGCAGUCGUGUGGCGUUUUUUCCAUCAGAGGAUACAAUAUGAGGAGCAUUUCUUGAGACAGAUUUUUGGUUCUCGUUACGUGGAAUAUGCUAGACAGACGACUUCUGGGAUCCCAUUUGUAAAAUGAUGAAUGAACUUACCCUCUAAUUGAUCGCUUGCCUGUGGUUGUGUUCUAACUUCUAAGGCGCUUGAAUACUUUUGAGUUGCAUUCAAUAUGAUCUGAUGAAUUAUUAGUAAGUCAGUAA